AUGACUAACGAAGUUCAAAGUGUAAACAAUUUUCCAAUAUCUACGAAAUCCAAACAAGAACUACUACGUAAAUCUAAAUCCACUCCUAGACUAAAAGGUAUUAGUUCUCCUGUCACAAGUUCAUCGACAUUACCAACUAGUACUCCUACCACCAACGCUAAGAAGAAACAAAAGAGGAAACAAUCUACCACCACCAAUAAUAGUAGUGGGGGAAUACCAGGGUUUUUCCGCAAAAUAUCUACUGAAUGGAAUUCGUUUGUCUCCAAACUAAAAUCUAUAUCUGACGACGUCUUGACUACAGACGAUAUAGCUGAAGAGUUUUUCAUUGAAGAAGAUAGUGACGAUACUGGUUUUGAUAGAUUAAUGAGAUCGCAUAGAGGGUAUACUUCGACGGAAGAAAAAUUUUUACAAGAAUAUAAAAAAUAUAAAUCUUUGGAUACCAUGGCAGCAGCUUAUCAAAAGAAUCAACACAACAAAAAUAACAAUAACAAUAAUAGUGGUUAUUCCAACGAUAUUAGAACUUAUAAUAUUCAUAUAUCGGAUCCAACAAAUAUGUCAUCUAAUUUUACUGGUUCUUCAAACAAGGUCCAUUAUACUUUACAAGAUAUUAUGCGACAACAGCAACUGCAACUGCAGCAACAACAACCACAACGACCAUUCUCCGAAACUCCUCUUCUACCGAAUGGAGAGGAAUUUGAAAUAUUAGAUGAAGACGAUGAAGAUGGUGAAUCUACAGCGGCAGAAAUUGUUUAUAAUGAUAUUGAUAUGAUUGAAUUACGUAAAGAAUUUGAAAUGUGGGUUAACAAUAAAAACACUAGUGAUACUGAUUCUAAAUCGACAUUAUUUUCACAAUCCAAUAUUGGUACUACAUUAUGGGAAUAUCGUCGAAAUAAAUGGCUAAUUUGUAAUGAUCCAGAAAAAACCGAAACUCGACUUAAAGAAACUUCUAUAACUCAUAUCCCUAAGGAAUCAUAUGCGAAGAUUUAUAAUAAUUUAAUUGAAAAGAAUAAAACUCUUAAACACAACAAACAUAUUAAUUUACUGGAUUUGGUCAAGAUAAUAAAUGCUGGAUGGAUAGCUGAAGAGAAAUGGGAUAGAGCGGCACGAGGAUUGCCAUGA